CAGCUAUGACGGAAGUCGCUCUGGAAGCUCGGUCAGAGCUCUGAUUGGCCGAGAGAUCUAAUGAGGACCCCCCCACCCCCAAGACCAGAGAAUAAGAGACCAGGACUCUGGGGACAGCCGUGUGGUGUGUGCUCUUCUCCAGUGGACGCUUCUCUCUCGUUGUGCCAACGCUCGGGUAACCAGAGACACCAUGGGCUUCUGGAAGUUCUUUCCCUUUCUGGCUCUCAGCAGCGUGUGGAUCCUGUGCCUGGCCAGCAGCCUCCAGGCAGCACCUCUCGGGUCAGCCUUGGAGAGCAACCUAGACCUGGCUACCCUCAGCGAACAGGAAAAGCGCUUUCUGCUGGCUGCACUGGUGCAGAACUACUACGAGCUGAUGAAGGCCCGGAAGCUGGAGCAGGAGGAGCAGGAGACUGAGAGCUCCAGCAUCACUGCCCAGAAGAGAUCCUGCAACACUGCCACUUGUGUGACCCACCGGCUAGCAGGCUUGCUGAGCAGGUCAGGGGGUGUGGUGAAAGACAACUUCGUGCCCACCAAUGUGGGUUCUAAAGCCUUUGGCCGGCGCCGCAGGGACCUUCAGGACUGAGUAGCUAAUGACCCCCGAGAAGAAGGUUAUGUGAAGCUGAACUCACCCACGUCUAUUAAUUUUAAUUAACAAUGACCUGGUAAGAAGGCUCCAUGGACAAUGUGUAUGUUUGCAUCCUGAUAGAUACUGGAGAAAAAUCGCCGUGGUCACUUGAGAGGAAUGAAACUGAGUAUAAAUAAGUUAAUUAUCUGUUUGUUUGCAUUGCGUUUAUGCUGAGUCUGUGGCCAGUCAAUGUGAUGGCGUCUCCCACUGGCCUCCCCAGCAGCAAACCACACAGGUUCUCUGAGAGCCUGAUAAACUUUGGGGAGAUGUGAAAUCACUGCCUCUUGUAACCUCUGGGGACUCUUGGUAGAGGAGAUACUGUGCCUUGGUGUCUCAGAACAUGAUUGUACAUUUAUUUAAGGAAAUGUCAAAAUUGUACCAUUUGUGAACUUCAUCAAGA